AUGGCAGAUUUCAACUUCACCCCCUACGACUCUUCAAUAUUAAUCCUAACUGGCAUCCCUAACCUGGAAGAUGCCCACAUCUGGAUUUCCAUCCCUUUCUUUAUGGUCUACAUUAUGGCCCUGUUGGGAAAUAUCACAGUUCUGUUUGUUGUAGGCAAAGAGCAGACCCUGCACAAGCCGAUGUAUCUGCUGCUCUGCAUGCUGGCACUCGCAGACAUUGGCACAUCUACCUCCUUCGUGCCAAAGGCACUGUGUAUAUUUUGGUUUAAUUUGACAAGCAUUACUGUGAAGGGUUGCCUCACCCAGAUGUUCUUCUUUCAUGCAUUUUCUACAAUGCACUCAGCUGUCCUAGUGACAAUGGCCUUUGAUCGCUACGUUGCCAUAUGUAACCCUCUGAGAUAUACCACCAUCCUCACCAACGCACGAAUAGCUAAGCUAGGGCUACUUGGUAUGAUAAGAGCUGUUCUCUUCAUCCUGCCUAUGCCCUUGCUUGUGAGCAGGCAGCCAUUGUGUGCCAACCGCAUUAUCCCCCACACAUACUGUGACCACAUAGCUGUGGCAAAGAUUUUGUGUGGGGACAUCACAGGCAGCAGAAUGUAUGGCUUGGUGUUGGCGUUUUUAAUCAUUGGGUUCGACGUGACGCUCAUUGGCUUGUCCUAUGGUCUGAUCAUCAGGACUGUCCUCAGACUCUCCUCCCAGGAAGCCAACCAGAAAGCCCUCAACACCUGCACAGCCCACAUCUGUGCGCUACUGAUGGCUUAUCCUGUUGGACUCUUCUCCACACUGGCACACCGGUUUGGUCAGGACAUGGCUCUGCAUGUUCACAUAAUCUUGUCCAACCUCCAUUACCUCAUUCCCCCCAUGCUCAACCCUAUCAUUUAUGGGGUCAAAACCAAAGAGCUUCGUGACAAAGUGGUCAAAAACAUUUGCAGAAUGCACUCACCACAUGCUACUGACUUUAAACCUGAGUGA